AUGGAGGAUAUUGUUACGGAGGCAGAGGUUGUCAACAUGGAGGAUAUUGUUACGGAGGCAGAGGUUGUCAACAUGGAGAAUAUUGUUACGGAGGCAGAGGUUGUCAACAUGGAGGAUAUUGUUACGGAGGCAGAGGUUGUCAACAUGGAGGAUAUUGUUAUGGAGGCAGUGUGCCUCAGCAUGGAGGAUGCUGGCAAUGGAGGCAGUGUGCCUCAGCAUGAUGCUGGCAAUGGAGGCAGUGUGCCUCAGCAUGGAGGAUGCUGGCAAUGGAGGCAGUGUGCCUCAGCAUGGAGGAUGCUGGCAAUGGAGGCAGUGUGCCUCAGCAUGGAGGAUGCUGGCAAUGGAGGCAGUGUGCCUCAGCAUGGAGGAUGCUGGCAAUGGAGGCAGUGUGCCUCAGCAUGGAGGAUGCUGGCAAUGGAAGCAGUGUGCCUCAGCAUGGAGGAUGCUGGCAAUGGAGGCAGUUUAUUGUGUCUGUCACGCGGCCGUGAGGACCCGUCACGCGGCCGUGAGGACCCGUCACGCGGCCGUGAGGACCCGUCACGCGGCCGUGAGGACCCGUCACGCGGCCGUGAGGACCCGUCACGCGGCCGUGAGGACCCGUCACGCGGCCGUGAGGACCCGUCACGCGGCCGUGAGGACCCGUCACGCGGCCGUGAGGACCCGUCACGCGGCCGUGAGGACCCGUCACGCGGCCGUGAGGACUCGUCACGCGGCCGUGAGGACCCGUCACGCGGCCGUGAGGACCCGUCACGCGGCCGUGAGGACCCGUCACGCGGCCGUGAGGACCCGUCACGCGGCCGUGAGGACCUGUCACGCGGCCGUGAGGACUGUCCAGCACCAUUCUUGUUGACAGAAGUGGCAUGCCAGGAGGACGGGGACACUGACGACUACUUCGAUGGUUAUGUUUACGUGGACGUGAGUGUGAGGGACCUGGAGGUGGAGGCCGCCCUGCCUGGCUACCCGGUGCUCACCGUGCGGGCUGCUGCCUGUACUGACCCUCUGGCAGAGGUGAAGCUGGAGGUGUGGAACUGUGACUCAACCUUAAUUAAAACCUGUCACAGAAAAGUUUGCCAGAAGGAUGGAGGGAAGAUAUGCCUGCCCACCAAAGUCAAGGCCAGGUGUGUGAGGGUGAAGAGUGGCAACGCGACCUCGGCUGACCUUGUCCUUCCUCACUAUCAUACCUUCAACCACAGUCACCAAAUCCAAGCUAUUUCCUGGGAGCAGCAGGACGACACCAACAUCUCCAAGAUCACCAUGAUCAAGCAGACAGGAGUAUACAAGUACCUCAUGAAUCUCACACCCUCACACACUCAGAGCACUGCUGGCGGAGCUGCCAAGGGCGGCAAGGUACCCCUGCAGAAGCAGGAGUGUACGUUGUCUAAGCCGGUGAUCCUGGAGGGUGUGAACCACGACAACACCACCACCUUCACUGCCCACUGGCACAACCUCAACACCACCUGUGUCUACCGCACCAGAGUGACGCCCUACAACCCCUGUGAAGAACCUUUCAACUUCGGAGUGACUUUCCCAGACCUUCAGUACAAAACCUUGGACAAGCCAAUGGCGAUGCAGGUGGAGCAGAGGGAGGUGGCGGUGUGGGUGGUGGUGGUGGUGGCGGUGUUCACUCUGGUCUCCACCCUCCUCGUCUGCUACCAUCUCUACAAUACCUGCAGAUUUGCUCAGAGCACCAUUGUCAGACGGAAUUCAAACGGUAAAAAGCCAGGCUGCCUGGAGGAGAUGCAACAGGAGGUGCAGGUGCUCAAGCAUUCCGAGCAUAAACAGAAUUGUCUGGGCGACGGUGGGAGAGAGACAGUAGGCCUGAGGGAUGCACUCCUGUCGGGCGCUGAGCAGAGGAAGGUGCUGAUGGUGUACGCCAGAGAUGCCCAGGAGCAGGUGGCGGCUCUCACCAACCUUCUCCACGAGAGGACCAACUAUCAGAUCCUGGACUUGUACGACCCACUGGACUUAGACAAGCUAAGAGAUGGGACGGUGUGGUUGGCUAGGAGGCUCCUCGACCCAGCUACUGUCACCCUCCUCGUGGCCUCCAAACAAGCCAGAAAACUCCAGGUUCUCCACGCCUCCACCCUGGGCCACGGUACCCACACCAAGCCACAACAAUCAUUGGAUUAUAACAUGCUAACAGAGAACACAGCUUCACAGAUGGCUGCCAUCACUACUGCUGGAGAUGACAGAGUUGGUCACAUGAAGUUCGACAAUAUUUUUGUUCAGAAUGUAAACAAGAAGGUAAAAAAUGACACAAAGAACUUUUCUUCCAAGGUAGAAGCAGGACAAAACUUCGAGAGAGCCUCACUUUUGAUGUCAAGUUCCCCGGACAAAGGAGGUGAAGAGGUGAGAAAGAACCUCUCUCACGUAGGUGAGAAAGGUUUGGCGGACGCGCGAAGGUCUCUUCCUGCACCUAUACACCAAAAAUGCUUGGGGAACAUCACGGAAUACAGAGACCCUGAUACCUGCACCCACUUUCCACAUUCACAGGUUAUGCCCCAAGAUGGGGCGAUCAAGACAUGUAUAGAUAGAAUUGAAAAAACAAAUGAAGCACAUGAUAAUUCAGAGACAAAUAUUGAUGGAAGGAAAAUAAUUUCAAAAGCAGGAAUCGAAGCUAGACAAGUAAAACUGAAAGUGAAUGAGAAAGUAGAGAUGAUAUCCAAGAAGCUCCAAUCCAACAGAGCUGAGAAGGAACAGUAUGAGGAACCGAGACACGAUGGCGCCGAAACGCUACCCGACUCGGAAGAUGACCAGGUCGGGCAGGAAGUCUUCCACUUUCUCUUCCUUGACUUUCUUCACAAACUGGAGGCAUCUUUCUUCUCUCACGACUAUGAUCGUCUUUACCAGAUAAAGUUUAGGGAGACCCCGGAGCUGGAGGUUCUGGAUCAUGUGACCCCAGGCCGCCUCUACCACCUGCCAGAUCACUUGGACCACCUUAUUUACAACCUCACCUACCGCAUCCCUUACCCGGGCACCUGCAACACCCCCAGGCUCGACACCUACCUCCAUAACUGCCUUUAAAUCUCAGUUGCAGAUUGCACAAUGAAUGGGCAGAAAUCUGAAUGAAGAAUCCAUCUUCAAGAAACAGGAUAAGUGCAGAUGACCUUAGCGAUGCCAUCUGCACAUUCUCAGCUAGGUGCGCUAGGUGCCUUUUUAUGAUUACUGUACUCACUUGGAUGUCUGUGUUUGAUUUUGUAAUAUUAUGUACAGGUAGAUAUAUAUUGACAAAAAAAAAAUAGGUAAAUGCAACAAAGCUAGUUUGCAUUUUAUUUUAAAUGUUGGAUUAAAAAAAAAAAAAAGCACACUUUAAUACCUUUUAAUUUGUCCUAUUACAAGGGCAAUUAAUUCACUACACUAUCACCCUGAUAAGUACAUUGUUAAACAAGAAAUAUAUUGUUAUUUUACAGGUUUUUUUUUCUAUUUUCUGACAUCCAGAUAAUGCAAUAACCAGUUAAUGUAAUGGGAAUUUUCAUGUUUUAUGGCAAGAACUAGAAAACUGAAAUAUUCAACUGGAUAAUGUACUUAAAAUGAUUAAUGUUUAUCUUAAAAAAAUACAUUUAUCACUAAUAUUUUCAACCAACGUAAAGUGACCUUAGUCAAGUUCAUUUUUCUUUAGAAAUGUUUCCAAGCGAGAUAUCUACCAAUUUAUCUUGCAAUAAAGUUUCUAAUUGUUAAAAAACUGUCAUAUACAUGCAGCAUAAGACAUGAAUACGAGUACAGUGGUACCUUCGUUUACAAUUGUAAGCUGUUCCCAGAGACGUGUCGGCAAUCAAAACAAAUUUUUCCUUAAGAAAUAAUGUAAAUUGAAUUCAUCCAUUCCCACCCCCCAAAAAUAUUAACUUGAAAAUACAUUUUAUACCAAACAACGCAUUUUGUACUAGCUACAAUACAGUAUGGUCAUCUUACCUUGAAUGAGGACUUGUUGGUGUACGGAAGAUAGUGAGGAGAGGUGUCAAGUGUUUGGAAGGGGAGUCCCCUUCUAGUAUAACAUCAGGCAGUGAUGAUUUCUCUGGGGUAUUCUUUCCUACGUUUUGUCUGCAUACCACUAGGACCUGCUUGUGGCUCACUGCUUGUUUUCCUCACUAAAAAUAUGUCUAGUGACACUUGUUUUUGCCAACGUUGUAAAACUUGUCAGAAGCGAGACAUCACAUUGUCAUUAAAAAGAUUAACACAACGGCCUGCUUGAUUUGGGCGAACCUUUUCAACAAAAGUUUAGGCUGAACUUUACCACUGACUUUCUUGGGAUCCAUGGCGUGAUAUAUAAGAAUUUUUAUGAAAGAAAAAAAAAAGGUAAACAGUGAAAUUCUUUACAAAGAAUUUAAGCGCGGCCAUGGUCGUCACUACGCGGGAUCGACCUGUAAACAAACCGAGUACGCAUCACCCUGUGCCCCCCAGCACCACGUGCUCGUUCGACCCAUACGCGUACGAUCAGAUGUCUCAAGUAAACUGCUGUACACCAAUUCAAAUUUUAUGAUGAAUUUGAUGUCGUAUACCAAAAAAUUUGUACUCUAGGACAGUCGUCGAAACAUUGUAAUUGCUCGAAAAAGUAAACUUUAAUUCACUUAGGUAAAAAUAGGCCUAUAAGUUAUGUAUGAUUUGAUUUAAGAAUGCAAAUAAAGCCCCUGCCAUUGUUUAAUAACUGCUGUUUUACAAUGCAGGAUUUCCAGGCCGAGACCUAGCCUACACCUGCGCCUACACCGGGAUCCUUCACGUGUGUGCCUGCGCCGGGAUCCUUCACGUGUGUGCCUGCGCCAGGAUCCUUCACGUGUGCGCCUGCGCCAGGAUCCUUCACGUGUGCGCCUGCGCCAGGAUCCUUCACGUGUGCGCCUGCGCCAGGAUCCUUCACGUGUGCGCCUGCACCAGGAACCUUCACGUGUGCGCCUGCACCAGGAUCCUUCACGUGUGCGCCUGCACCAGGAUCCUUCACGUGUGCGCCUGCACCAAGAUCCUUCACGUGUGCGCCUGCACCAGGAUCCUUCACGUGUGCGCCUGCACCAGGAUCCUUCACGUGUGCGCCUGCACCAGGAUCCUUCACGUGUGCGGCUGCACCAGGAUCCUUCACGUGUGCGCCUGCACCAGGAUCCUUCACGUGUGCGCCUGCACCAGGAUCCUUCACGUGUGCGCCUGCACCAGGAUCCUUCACGUGUGCGCCUGCACCAGGAUCCUUCACGUGUGCGCCUGCACCAGGAUCCUUCACGUGUGCGCCUGCACCAGGAUCCUUCACGUGUGCGCCUGCACCAGGAUUCUUCGCGUGUGCGCCUGCACCAGGAUUCUUCGCGUGUGCGCCUGCACCAGGAUCCUUCGCGUGUGCGCCUGCACCAGGAUCCUUCGCGUGUGCGCCUGCACCAGGAUCCUUCGCGUGUGCGCCUGCACCAGGAUCCUUCGCGUGUGCGCCUGCACCAGGAUCCUUCGCGUGUGCGCCUGCUCAUUUCCAGGGAGAUUUCUAGACAACGAUGUACAUCAAUAAUAAAGUUUUAAUUCAAUAUAGUUGACACACACUUACGAGUUGAAACAGUUUUACAAAAUUAAAAGGAAAGGCAAAUACUGUACUGUAGUGCACAAAGACAGGAAUAUUGCAUAUAACAAUCUUAUUUAAAAUCCUACAGAGCAUUAUCUGGAUUCAGGUAUUUUCUGCAAUCAAAUACUCAACAAAAAAUAUAUAUGUUUACUGUUUCUAACUUUAAAAUGUAUCUAUUAUACAUAAUUUCACACUUUUAUUGCUCAUCAACAUUGCACAAUUAUAAUAGGCAGUAAUUCGUCUCUCAACUAUUGUUAAACAACAGCAAGAAUUAAGUGAACUAUGAGCAGUCAUCUUGAUAUGUUACAUAAUAGGUGCAAUGCCAUUCAAGUCAAAAUAUAAAGGAUUAAUUAUUUAGAUCAAGCAUCUUACCCUCAUACAUCAGACUAGACAGCAAAGUGCAAUGAAUGUUCUCUCAUUGAAGCAUUAGUACUGUGAACAGUAUCGUAAUGGAUGAAUGUCAUGUAAUGUACAGUUUGAUUUAAUUUUUUUUGUAAAACUACUACUAGUUCUGUAAUAAUGAACACUGGUACCGAGAUUCACCAAAUUAUCAUAAAUACAGAUUUAAAACCCUAA